AUGGGGAAUUGUAUAGUUUUGCAAGAAAAAAUUGUCAAAGUAAUGAAAACAGAUGGGAAGAUUCUUGAAUACAAAACUCCAAUAAAAGUAUAUCAAGUAUUAUCACAAUUUUCUGGCCAUGCAAUAUCUGAAUCCCUUUCAGUUAUUCAAUAUCUACUACCAAAUUCUAACAUGUUAGCUGGAAAACUUUAUUAUCUUUUGCCUAUAAUAUUACCAGUGCCUCCUCCAAAAAUAGCCAAAAAGAAGAAGGUGGUCAAAUUUGCAAAAGAAGUAAUUCAAGAAGAAGCUAAGCAAAGGAAAGAGGUAGUAAGGAUUAAGGUUGUUAUUAGUAAGAAAGAACUGCAAGAUUUGCUGAAGGAAGAAGGAUUAAUCACAGUUGAUGAAAUCUCUCAUCUUAUUAAGAAGGAAAAACAAACAGAUGAUAAUACAACUAAUGGUAAAGGAUGGAAGCCUGUUCUUGAUUGUAUACCUGAAUAUCACUAG